ACAGCAUGGCCCCAGCCUGCCAGGUCCCAGGGGCAGCCCUGCCAGCCCCCCAGGYUGGCCAGCAUAGACUCUCAUGCACCAUGAAGUACCCUCUGGUGCCCCUGGUGAAUAACCUCACAUUCUCUUUCCUGGUGUUCUGGCUCUGCCUGCCCGUGGGUUUGCUGCUGUUCUUGUUGAUCAUCUGGUUGCGCUUCUUACUUAACCAAGAUUCAGAGGAAAAUGCUUCAGAUUUAUAUCUCAACUGGGAGCCCUGGAGCCAAGGGCCAGCUGAGUUUUGCUGGAAGGGGCCACUCCAUGACCCAGAAGAGGAGGGGCUCUACUGGUCAGCCUGCUCUACCAGGUCCAGCCAUACACUCGCUUCCGGCUUGCUUGUCUCAGAUUGAGCUGGGCCACAGCAAUGACCAAAGUGGACAGGAGAGACUCACCUGGGAGAGGAGAGGACUCUGGCAACUGAGGAGCCUCCCUGGGACCCCCAACCUAUCUCCUCCCCAGUUAGACCCACGAAACCUCCAGAGGAGCCAGCGCUUCUCCAUCAUCCCAGAUGACCUCCUGGCCUUGGAGGGAGGAGCUGGAACCAGUGAAGACGGUGUGAGCAGGCGCAGUGGCCAGGUGGACAGAGGAGGUCCCAGGGCAGGGCCGGGCUGG